AUGACGGGCCAGGCCCUGGAAGAGUCUCUUCUUGCACCCAUCCGCAUGAUGCCUGGCUCCAACAUGGAUGCGCGCUCGGCACUCGCUCAGCUUCGGUCCUCUAGUGCGCCUGAGCCUGCAUGCGCGCGUCCUAAGCUGAAUCGCUCCUCAUCGUCAAUGUCAGCCGCUGCCGCGCGCCGUGCGAACCCUGCGCCUAAAUCUGCGCCAGCAGACGACACUUCACCGUGGUCGAAAAAGACAGCUCACAAUGCGAUUGAACGACGGUAUCGCAGCAACAUUAAUGACCGCAUCGCUGGUCUACGUGAUGUCGUACCGGCUUUGCGUGAAAUGCGGCCGCGGGACGGCCGACGUAAGCGCCGUCGUGGCAAAGCCGAGACGGAGGAGCUGGUGGAUGGUGUGACAGCUGCGACCAAGCUUAGCAAGGCGGCCGUCUUGACCAAGGCCACCGAGUACAUCUGCUAUCUCAAGUCGCGUGAGGUUCAGCUGAGCCGCGAGGUCGCAGGCCUUCACAUGCUUAUCCGCAGUCUUGAUGGUGGCGAGGAACUUCUCUCUCAAUUCGGGACGGAAAUGGACAAGAUCCAUUCGGCACAUCCCCCCAUUGAUGCCGUAUAUGGUGAUGCAAGUCCGCGCCCUAUUCCCGAGGAAGGCGAUGAGCUGGCUGACGACUCGGACGACGCUGACGACGCUGAUGAGUCUGCGUCAUCUGACUCACCGGAGCCCGAGCGCGCUUCCAAGACGGCUCGAUACAUGUUCGGCGCUUUUGCUGGACUUUCUUUCAUGGGCCGUUCGUCAGACUGGGGGGCAGACUCUGCACCGACUUCAUCUCAUGUGCGUGUGCUGGGUGCUACUCACCAGCUGGUCAAGCGCGCUUCGACCUACUUGCCACAGCCUCACCCGUACGACCAUGUGCCUCUUGUCGCUCUUGUGGUCGAGGUUCUGCAAGCAGGAGCACUUGCACUCGCGGUGUUUAUGUGCAUAAACUGCAGUUGGCGCAACCGUCUUCGAUGA